CAUAUCGCCAAUCGGGUAUUCGCAGUGAAUGGUUAAAUAAUCAAAAAAGCGUGCCCCAUUUUUAAGACCACCGAAAAAAACAGCUUAAAAUGUCUGAUAAUCCCAAAAAACAGAGACUAGAGAGUGGCGAAGAGGAGGCAAAGCCAAAGCAGAAGAAGGCCAAGGCAAAGAAGCAAGCGGAUGCUGGCUAUGGGUCUGGAGAGUUCUCUUUGGACUGGGACGUAGAUAGCUACCGCACGGAGUACGAAAGCGAGGAGCACUGGGAUCUACGCCGCAGCUUCAUGCUUGCCCACAAGGAUCGCUUCGAGGAGGAUCGCCUCGUGUGCCUGGCACAGACGUUUGUUAAUAUGGAGUUCAUGGGUUGCAAAUAUCCCAGCGCGACGAUGCUUUUAGUGGCGGAAAUGUCCAAGGAGAUUGCCGAGGAUUUUCGGCGAAAACGCGAUCAGCGUCUAAAGCGAACCUUUGUGUCGGCCUCGGAUGCCGCGGAGCAACGCGCCAAAGGGCGACGCGUUGUAGCCGCUCCAGCGGCGGACUCCCCAAAGGAUAGCUCGAACAGAUUCACACGAGAACGCCUGUGCUUCGGCGGCGGCGAGCCAAUCGAUCUCUUUCAGGGCCUUCGCUUCGGGCAGCUCAUAUUAUAUUUGGCCGGAGGACGCAGCUGCCUGCGAAACUCCUGCACCGUUGCCAACGUAAAGUACGAGGAGCGCGUUAGCCAAGAUCAGCCAGCCAGUGACACGACAAAAUACGCAGAAGUAUUGAUAAAUGACUCAGUGAUUGCAUCUGGCCAGGGCGAGAACCUUAAGACAGCGAAGCAGGCGGCAUUUAAGCAGGCGCUACUUUUUCUUCAGACACAUUGCUACAGCAUAAAGCUUAAUGCUACACGUGAGACUAUCAAAGUGGAGAAGAGCAAGAAUGGCGUCAACAUCAAUGUCACCAAGAAGUCGGCCGACAGCCUUGGCGAUCCCAAGUUGGAUGCCACCAACAAAGGUUAUCGAAUGAUGAGACUGAUGGGUUGGGCGGGCGGUGGUCUAGGACGCUUGAAGCAGGGACGUGAGGAGCCAGUAGGUUACCUGCUCAAGAGCAAUCGCAAUGGCCUGGGCCUGAUAAAUCCGCAGGGCAAUUUGUCUGACUACCGCAAGCUUAUAGAAAACUAUGUAAAGUCGGAUGACAUGCGUGAUAUGCAGUUUGAGCCCACGUUUUCUAAAGAGGAGCGCGCCUCUUUUCACCAAAUGGCAAGUCGAUUUGGAUUGCGAUCCACCAGCUAUGGAACUGGUGAAACCCGUCGCCUGUUGAUCACCAAAAAGGUCAGCUAUAGCACAAUUCUUUCAGAGGUUCUGUGCCAGCGCAAUCCUAAGUUUUACGAGCGUUACUUUGUGCAGGUGCCAAUGCAAAAAGCCCAUCUGUUUCCCGGUCAUGUGGCGGAAUUGGAGUUGGAAAAUAUAUGUGAAUAAGCAGGGAGGUCAACUCAAAAAGCUCAGUUAUUAGUACUCGUAUAUAAAGAUCUUCUAAGUUGUUAGUUGUAAGACAAAGGAUAUAAAAAACAAGAUAAGAA